AGAGCUUUUGUUUCCUGCAGCAUCAGAUUUCUCCCAGCCCUCUCACUGACGUCUGUCACCCACCUACUGGUUUUUAAUUAACACUCACAAGAGCAGGGAUCAAUCACCAAGCCAGCCUGUAGCCAAAAGUGUUUUGCAGGUUAAAGGAAAAAUCAUUUCUGGUCUGAAUGCGUGGCUGGUAUAGCGGAACAACAAGGAGAAAACACAAGGAACAAAGGACAUACAUCCUCAUACACAGUACAGACGAAUUCCCUUUACUUCAGAAAACCUCAACCCAAAGCCGGCAUGUUUAUAACUGUGAAAUUUGGUGAAGAUGAAAAAGAAAUAUUUAAUCCUCAGUGCCGGAUUGUGAAUCUUGUGCAAAGCCUGAAAGAGAAAUGCAAGUGCGAACAUGAUGCUUGCAUUGAUCUUAUGGAUGAAGCUGGAAACCUGAUGAAUUUCGGCGAACAGGAAAAUUCUCCGGAAUUUGCAAGUGGUUGCCUCCGAGAACGAAGUACCUACAUUCUGGUGCGGGUUACCAAAACUGAAGGAUCAGAAACAAACAGAUAUGAAUCCCUGUUACAAAAUCUAGGACGUCGUCACCCAGACCUUGCAGAUCGUCUGCAGAAACUUUCAAAUCCACAGGUGAAGGAGAAAGACAAAGAGAGGCAACGGAAAAUCUCAGUGACCAAGAAAGCAUCACCAGUCAAGGAAAUGUCUACAGCACCAUCUGCCAGACAGAAGACAAUCACUGCAGGGAAAAAGACAGCUCCCAAUACCACCCCCAAACCUUCCUGAAGAUCUGACUAAUAUUUUCACAGAAUUCUAAAAUAAUCAAUAACAUAUAGGAAUAAACAAACAGUCUGGAUCAUGUUCCAUACGGGGCACUGAUGCACAAAAACAAUGUACUCUGCUGUCUAACCCUUCCUAAAGUGAAUACAUCACCAGUUUUGAACUGCUAAAUUACAUGAAUCACCAACAUGUAACAGAACACUAUUAGGACAACAUAAACAGACUGCCUAGCACUCUACACAAGCUUAUGUAAUGAAAAUAAAAUGGAGAAUGAAAUUG